CAGGCUCAUGAGUUGUAGGGAAUUAGAAUGUGCGCCUGAGCCAUCUGUGCCCAUAAAGCUCAUUUGUGUCUGCUUACGAGGAGAAAUUAUGCAUUAUCUGUUCUUAAAGCAAUGGAAACACUUUGAGUAUCAUUUCAUGGAAGGCAAGCGCUUCUGUUUGAGGAGAACCUUCAUUGUUUAGAGCACAGUGACAUCUGCUGUGAAGCUCACAGAAUUCAGCAUCGUUAAGGGCGGGAGAACCCAAAGAGUGAACAUCAGGAGAUGAGUUUUAGCGCUGCUAGUGCAGGGACCGCUUUACAGACAGAGCAAAAGAGGGUCUUAGAGGGUCCGACACGGUCAUGAGUCUCUGAAGUGCGGAGUGAACCGGACACAUGGAGCGGGGAGGUAGAAGCGCCAGUGGCUCCAUCAAACGGGCCUCCAUCAAACGCUCAGCAUCACAGAAGGGCCAGAAAGCUUGGAUUGAGAAAACCUUUCACAAAAGAGAAUGUAUUCAUAUAUUUCCAGCCAAGGACCCAGCACGGUGCGCCUGUGGUUAUCUAGUGACUCAGCACCCGGCCAUUCCGCCAGGCGCCAUCACCAACAAGCCCUCAGAAGAGAACCAGCUUGUGCACGUGAACCCUCCUCAAGAGAAAUGGUUCGUGGUUAAACAUACCCAGACUGCCCCUACUGAUGCCUACGGCAUCAUUGAAUUUCAAGGAGGAGGAUUUGUCAACAAAGCUAUGUAUAUUCGGGUGUCAUAUGAUACUAAGCCGGACAACUUGCUGCAUCUCAUGGUAAAGGAAUGGCAGCUGGAGUUGCCCACACUGCUUAUAUCAGUUCAUGGUGGCCUCCAGAACUUUGACCUGCAGCCCAAACUCAAGCAAGUCUUUGGAAAAGGCCUGAUCAAGGCUGCAGUGACCACCGGAGCAUGGAUCUUCACUGGUGGAGUCAGCACUGGAGUGAUCCGGCACGUUGGAGAUGCUUUGAAGGAUCACUCUUCGAAAUCCAGAGGGAAGGUCUGUGCUAUAGGUAUCGCUCCAUGGGGAAUCCUGGAGAGCAAAGAGGAUCUAAUUGGAAAAGAUGUGAACAAACCAUAUCAGGCCAUCUCCAAUCCUCUGAGCAAACUUGCCGUUCUCAACAAUAGCCACUCGCACUUAAUACUAUCCGAUAAUGGCACAUGUGGGAAAUAUGGGGCGGAGGUCAAACUACGCAGGCAGUUAGAGAAACACAUCUCCCUCCAGAAGAUUAACACGCGACUGGGCCAGGGUGUACCGGUGGUAUGUCUGAUUGUGGAGGGGGGUCCCAAUGUGAUCUCGAUUGUCUUGGAAAGCCUGCGUGAGGAACCGCCAGUGCCUGUAGUGGUCUGUGAUGGCAGUGGUCGAGCCUCUGACAUAAUUUCCUUUGCCCACAAAUAUUCUGAGGUUGAAGGACUGGUAAAUGAGGACGUAAAAGAGCAACUGCUGGUCACCAUCCAGAAAACCUUUAACUACAACAAAAUGCAGUCUGGGCAAAUUCUGCUCAUGGUCAUUGAAUGCAUGAAGAAGAGGGAGUUGAUAACAGUCUUUCGAAUAGGCGCUGAGGGACAAGAUGACAUUGAAAUGGCUAUCCUCACUGCCUUACUGAAAGGAACCAACGCAUCAGCUCCAGAUCAGCUGAGCUUGGCUCUGGCUUGGAAUAGAGUGGAUAUAGCACGCAACCAAAUCUUUGUGUAUGGACACAAUCUACCACCUGCGAGCACCCUCGCUAGUGCCAUCUCCACCAAUGCAGCACCAUUUCAUGAAAAGCAGAAAGGAGCAACUCAACGUAACAAAGGAAAGGCCAGAGGAAAAAAUCUAAGCAAUCUAAUGUCGCUUUAUUUCCAGCCUAAAGCCUUAAAGCUGCUUGGAAUGGAGGAUGAUGAGCCUAGGGCAAAAGGCAAGAAGAAGCAAAAGAAGAAGAAAGAAGAAGAAGAGGACAUUGACGUGGAUGACCCAGAAGUCAGCCGCUUCCAGUAUCCGUUCCAUGAGCUGAUGAUUUGGGCGGUGCUGAUGAAAAGGCAGAAGAUGUCUCUGUUCCUGUGGCAGAGGGGCGAGGAGGGUAUGGCUAAAGCUCUGGUGGCCUGUAAGCUCCUCAAAGCUAUGGCUCACGAGUCGUCUCAGAGUGAGAUGGUGGACGACAUAUCCCAGGACCUCGAUAACAACUCCAAAAAAAACUUCCGAGCUCUUUAUAACAAUCUUUAUGGACUAAAGAGGCCUAAAGCCCUAAAGCUGCUUGGAAUGGAGGAUGAUGAGCCUAGGGCAAAAGGCAAGAAGAAGCAAAAGAAGAAGAAAGAAGAAGAAGAGGACAUUGACGUGGAUGACCCAGAAGUCAGCCGCUUCCAGUAUCCGUUCCAUGAGCUGAUGAUUUGGGCGGUGCUGAUGAAAAGGCAGAAGAUGUCUCUGUUCCUGUGGCAGAGGGGCGAGGAGGGUAUGGCUAAAGCUCUGGUGGCCUGUAAGCUCCUCAAAGCUAUGGCUCACGAGUCGUCUCAGAGUGAGAUGGUGGACGACAUAUCCCAGGACCUCGAUAACAACUCCAAGGAGUUUGGAACAUUGGCCUAUGAGUUAUUGGAUCAGUCCUACAAACAUGAUGAGCAGCUAGCCAUGAAACUGUUGACAUACGAGUUAAAGAACUGGAGUAACUCUACCUGUCUGAAGCUUGCAGUGGCUGCCAAGCACAGAUACUUCAUAGCCCACACCUGCAGCCAGAUGCUCCUCACUGACAUGUGGAUGGGCAGCCUGAGGAUGGGUAAAAACCCAGGACUGAAGGUGAUCCUCAGCCUCAUUGUCCCACCUUUUAUCCUGCUGUUGGAUUUCCGUCUGGGUGAUGACACGUCUCAUCAUGUCACUGCAAAAAAUGAGGACAGGAAGACCAAGGAUGAUGAUAAGUCCGGCCGGGAUGCCAAUGCAGAUGCAGCCUCUAAAAAAGGAGACGAGGAGGAAGGUAAUAAGAAAAUGAGGCGGAUUCCAAUUGGAACAAAGAUCUUUGAGUUCUACAAUGCACCUUUCACCAAAUUUUGGUUCAAUACUAUUUCCUACCUUGGCUAUCUCAUGCUGUACAAUUACAUAGUACUGGUGAAGAUGGAGCGUUGGCCAUCUAUACAAGAGUGGUUCGUCAUUUCAUACAUCAUCACUUUGGGGUUGGAGAAAGUCAGACAGAUCUUGAUGUCAGAACCAGGCAAGCUCAGGCAAAAGAUAAACGUGUGGUUAGAGGAGUACUGGAACAUCACAGACCUGGCGGCCAUCUCUACCUUCUUGCUUGGCCUACUUCUUAGGCUGCAAAAUGAACCCUACAUGGGCUACGGCCGUGUGAUCUACUGCGUAGACACAAUCUUCUGGUAUAUCCGCGUACUGGACAUAUUUGGAGUCAACAAGUACCUAGGACCUUAUGUCAUGAUGAUAGGGAAAAUGAUGAUUGACAUGCUGUACUUUGUGGUGAUCAUGUUGGUGGUCCUGAUGAGUUUCGGUGUGGCACGGCAGGCUAUUCUACACCCAGACGAGGAGCCAACAUGGCGCUUGGCCCGCAAUAUCUUCUACAUGCCUUAUUGGAUGAUCUAUGGAGAGGUGUUUGCAGAUUCGAUAGACCUUUACGCAAUGGAAAUAAAUCCCCCCUGUGGAGAAAAUUUAUAUGAUGAGGAUGGGAAAAAGCUUCCACCCUGCAUCCCUGGAGCCUGGUUGACUCCAGCCAUCAUGGCCUGUUAUUUGUUAGUGGCCAACAUCCUGCUUGUGAACUUGCUCAUUGCUGUCUUCAACAACACGUUCUUUGAGGUUAAGUCCAUCUCCAACCAGGUUUGGAAAUUUCAGAGAUAUCAGCUCAUCAUGACCUUCCAUGACAGGCCUGUGCUACCUCCACCAAUGAUUAUCUUUAGCCACCUCUACAUUCUUUUCCGCAAACUCUGCUGCCGCUGUAGAAAGAAAAAGGAGGGAGAACUAGAUGAAAAGGAUAAAGGAUUAAAGCUUAUUCUUACCACGGAGGAGCUAAAGAUGCUGUAUGAGUUUGAGGAGCAAUGUGUGGAGGAAUAUUUCAGGGAGAAAGAAGAUGAGCAACAGUCCUCAAAUGAUGAGCGUAUCAGGGUUACAAAUGAAAGGGUGGAGAACAUGUCCAUGCGCCUUGAAGAGGUAAAUGAGAGGGAGAACACAAUGAAGGCCUCCAUUCAGACCGUAGACCUUCGUUUGUCCCAACUGGAAGACAUUAAUGGCCGAAUGGUGAAUGCCUUGGAAAGACUAGUGGGAAUCGACCACUCUGAAUUGACCCGGGCACGCUCAACAGCCUCUUCUAUUUGUGACCCCUCCUCUCUCCAACGUCACAGUAGCAUCAACAGUGCUGAUGGGUACAGCCUGUACCGCUAUUACCUGGGUGUUGAUGACCGUCCACCUGAAGAUAAAGAGGCAGAUCUGAGUAAAACAAUAAGCACUACAAACCUCAACACAAAGGAAUAUGGCCAGAAUCUAGAGGUAGAUGUUCCAGGGGUAAAAAGACGCCUUGGCUCAUGUGUGGACAUCCGAAUCUUCCCUUGUGAUAAGAGUGUUGAGGUUGAAGGGACAAUGCCAGAAUCACCAAAAUCUACAGUUCCUGACAACCAGACAUCUUCGGAUAAUGCAACAAAGAAAGAAGCAUUGAUGACGGAGAGAGUAAAACUUCAGGCAACUACCUCCUACUCUCUAGAAAAUGUUAAAGCAUUCAAAUACUAUCCUGGAGAAAUACAAAGCAUAUCCCCAUCCACUGUACGAAGGUGUUGGAGCACAAUCUCAUUUGAUCAAGCAAGUGGAAAGGAAGCAAAUCAAGAAGGAGAAGGAAUGGAUGGGUCUCCAGCUACAAGACGUUGGAGUGCUGGCUGUGAGUACAAGGUACACCCUAGUCUUUUUGGUCAGAUGCCAAAGGUAUCAAUGGUAAGACCCUUGGUAGACCAGACUGACCAGUUUAGCAACAGUUUCAAAGUAGAGCAACCUUCUGACCAGCCUGAGCAACAGAUGCUGAGAGUUUCUUCUAGACACAGUAAAGAGGACAUGGGAAUGCAAGAUGGGGAGAAGACACUGGACAGUUCAGGUGGAUCAAUGAAUCAUGAAAGUGCUCAGUCAAUAAUUGAAGAUGGGAUAAGAAACGCAGGAGAGAUCACUGGUAGACAGGCAUCGCUAGAUAUAGAUCAGGUAAAACGGGAAGAGGGUAGUGACGAUGUGGACAAAUGCCUGAAAGAUAUUGAGCAGGAGGUGACAAAGGAACCAGAUGAUCCUGAAGGAGGACUUGGAAAGGAGGAAAGUUCAGAGAAGCAAGAUGGACAGAAAACAGAGGAGAUACCAACAGGUGUAGGUCCCUUUGAUUCUGAAGUCCAAGCUGAUGGUAGCCAUCUGCUUCUGCCAGAAGACACAAUGUUUCUCCCCGGAAGAUCUAAGAGCUGGUCCACAAAACCUUGCAUGACCUUAGGAAACAGCUUAAAAAGAGCCUACGAAUCAAGCAGUGAAAGAGACCUUGCUGGAGCAUAUGGAGACUCUCCUGAUGAUCCAGGUUCACCAGCACAGAACACAACAAACGAUGCACCAUCAAACAAACCAUAAUCAGACACUCCAGUGAAAGUCCGAUAAGAAGAUAAAUUCAACAAAGACCGACACAUUUUAUAUUCUGUAUAUCCACCUGUAACAUUAUGUACUUGCAUCAAGAGUACGUAAUCAGGUGUUGUGAUCGAGUUAACUGAGUAGUAAAACUCUAAAGCCAUAGUAUCAACUGUCCAUUAUUUGUGUGCUUAUUUAAGGUACAAAAUACAUUAUGUGGCAGUAUGUAUCCUUGCUACCUGUUCUCGUCUUCAUCACACCAUUUAUGUGUUAUGGUUCAGAUGUUUUCUGAUUGGUAAAAUGUAAUGAUAAUUUAUGGGCUAAAAAGUAAGGCUAUGCGAAGUGAACUAGUGAAAGGACAAAAUGAGUCUACCCCAAUGCAAAAUGUUUGUAGUUGGCAUGUUGUACGAGUGGUGCAUUCUGUUCAUUGUUGGGAUAAGAUUGUGUAAUAGCACCAUCUGCUGUUCUGGAUGAUGAAUUGCUGGAAGAAAGAUGACACAAAUUGGAAAAAUAAGCUGAAAAAUAUGAAGACAGGUUUAUACAGUAUUUACUUUGGUUAUAUUUAGUAUAAAAGUCUACAAUUAAUAAA